CACAAAAAUCAGGAUACCUUAACAUGCUUUUUUGUCUCUAACAUAACCUCACAAAACUCCCCUUUUUCCGCCUAGUGUAUUCCGGUAUUACUGGUUGCCUAUAAGUAGGAGAGAUAAUAGAUAACCCAACAUCUCCCUUUUUAAGUUAAAACAAAAGAAAAUAGAAAUUUUAAGAUAUAAAACUAUUAACCAAUUGAAUAAUUUUAAGAACUAAACUUAUUACCUAAUAUACAUCUAUAAGUUGCAUAAAAUCUAUCUGACGUAAUCUGAAAGCCAUGCCGGUUGCUUUCUAUUCCUAGUGGGGUGUUUCCAAUCAGUAGAACUAUUUGUAUUGUCAUCACCUGAGUCUUCUACAGAGACUUCUGGUUGUAUCGAUUCACCCACAUUACGCACUCUACACUGGUUUUCAAUAGCGUCGUCACUGUCACUAUCCUUUAACUCAACAGGAACUUCAGUCUUAGAACUACUACAUUUAUUUUCUAAAAUCUCUAUGGGUGUUCUAUUAACAAUAUUUUGGUCGUAAUAUGGAGCACUUAUUAAAAACCAUCUAUUUCUGCGGUUAACAGAACCAUCUAGUGUUUUAACGACAUAUGAACCAGGUUCACUUGCAUGGUCAAUAACUACUUCAUACUUCCGAACGUCUGUAACCCACACAGAAUCGUUAAUGUUUAACUCAGACAACUCCUUAGAAUUAUGUCGUUUAUUAUAAUUUUUCUCUUGCCCCUCUUUUCUCGUUUCCUCUCUCUCUUUAAACAAACGAGUAUCAACAAUCUCUUUGAGUUUAUAAGGCAAAAUAGGUAACAAAGUUUUGAUUUUUCUUGACAUUAAUAACUCCGCGGGACUAAAGCCACAUUCUAAGGGAGUUGCUCUGUAAGACAUUAACCCUAAAUGAAUAUCUUCAUUUUUCUUGAUCAAAUUUUUAGCAAUUUUCACAGCAGCCUCUAUACAGCCAUUAGACUGUG